UCUCCACCGCCUUAAAGGAACCGCAGGUAACUUGGUUCCCGCGCGGAUGUUGGAGCUGUAAGGCGCCUGGCGGUCGGCGGCUGCGGCUCUGAGGGAGGAGGAAGCCGGGGCUCAUCUUCUCUCCGCUGCCGCCAUGAUUCCAGUGUCGCUGGUGGUGGUGGUGGUGGGCGGCUGGACUGCCGUCUACCUGACCGACUUGGUGCUGAAGUCAUCUGUAUAUUUUAAACAUUCUUAUGAAGACUGGCUGGAAAACAAUGGAUUGAGCAUCUCCCCUUUUCACAUAAGAUGGCAAACUGCAGUUUUCAAUCGUGCCUUUUAUAGUUGGGGACGGCGGAAAGCAAGGAUGCUUUACCAGUGGUUCAAUUUUGGAAUGGUCUUUGGUGUAAUUGCCAUGUUUAGCUCUUUUUUUCUUCUUGGAAAAACAUUGAUGCAGACUUUGGCACAGAUGAUGGCUGACUCUCCCUCUUAUUCUUCCUCUUCCUCUUCCUCCUCCUCUUCCUCUUCUUCUUCUUCCUCCUCUUCCUCCUCUUCCUCUUCUUCCUCUGCUCUUCACAAUGAACAGGUGUUACAAGUUGUGGUUCCUGGAAUAAAUUUACCUGUCAAUCAACUGACCUAUUUCUUCGCUGCAGUUCUCAUUAGUGGUGUUGUACAUGAAAUUGGACAUGGAAUAGCAGCUAUUAGGGAACAAGUUCGGUUUAAUGGCUUUGGGAUUUUUCUCUUCAUAAUUUAUCCUGGAGCAUUUGUGGAUCUGUUCACUACCCAUCUGCAACUUAUAUCACCAGUUCAGCAGCUAAGGAUAUUUUGUGCAGGUAUCUGGCAUAAUUUUGUUCUUGCCCUCUUGGGUAUUUUAGCUCUUGUUCUACUGCCGGUAAUUCUCUUGCCAUUUUACUACACUGGAGUUGGGGUGCUUAUCACUGAAGUUGCUGAGGACUCUCCUGCCAUUGGACCCAGAGGCCUUUUUGUUGGAGACCUUGUCACUCAUCUACAGGACUGUCCUGUUACUAAUGUGCAAGAUUGGAACGAAUGUCUAGAUACUAUCGCCUAUGAGCCCCAAAUUGGUUAUUGUAUAAGUGCCUCAACUUUACAACAGUUAAGCUUCCCAGUUAGAGCAUACAAACGGCUAGAUGGUUCCACUGAAUGCUGUAACAAUCACAGCCUCACAGAUGUGUGCUUUUCCUACAGAAAUAAUUUUAAUAAACGUUUGCAUACAUGUCUACCUGCCCGGAAAGCAGUUGAAGCCACUCAAGUUUGUAGAACCAAUAAAGAUUGUAAAAAAAGCUCAAGUUCAAGUUUCUGUAUAAUACCUUCUUUGGAAACUCACACUCGCUUAAUAAAAGUAAAACACCCGCCUCAAAUUGAUAUGUUAUACGUAGGACAUCCACUACAUCUUCACUAUACAGUGAGCAUCACCAGUUUUAUCCCACGUUUCAACUUUUUAAGCAUAGAUCUGCCAGUGAUUGUGGAGACAUUUGUUAAGUAUCUGAUUUCCCUCUCCGGAGCACUGGCUAUUGUUAAUGCAGUGCCCUGCUUUGCUUUGGAUGGUCAGUGGAUUUUAAACUCUUUCCUGGAUGCCACCCUUACCUCAGUGAUUGGAGACAAUGAUGUCAAAGAUCUGGUAGGAUUUAUCAUCCUACUUGGUGGCAGUGUACUUUUGGCUGCCAAUGUGACGCUAGGACUCUGGAUGGUUACAGCACGGUAAUAUUUGCAUUCAUCUGACAAGUCUCUGAGUUACAAUAUUCAUCUACGUGGUAAUGUCCAUUGCCAUUGAAAUCAUUACUUGGUAUGAAAUGUAAAGUGUUUCCUUAAAAUUACAUUUUGGCCUACAUCUUUAUGCUCCUCCUAUAUCCAGAGUACCCAAACUAAUGGUAGAGGAUGAGCAAAAGAAAUGAAAGGCAUAAUCCCUAACUACAUUCUAGUUUUAAAAACUGAAUGUAUGCAUUUCACAUUCUUGUGGAACAAUUUUUAAACAAUUUUUAAACAUUCUUUUAAUAUCAUUUUAUGUGACUACAUACUGUCUUGAAAUAGUAUAAAGGAGUACAGAAUCAGUUGGAAGUAAUUAGGAAAAACUUAAAAGCACCAUUAAUCUAGAUUUAAGGAAGACCAGACUUUGGCCAAGUGGAAGGGUGAAUGUGUUCUUGGUCUACAUCACUUGUCAUUUUUCUUGAAAAGUAUUUUAUAGUUUAUUGGUGUAUUAUUUUGUACUUUGAAAACUGUGAGAAGUCUGAUUUUAAUUAAAUUAAUAAACUUCUAAAAAAGAAUUUGCUUACAUGAAAGGGAAAAUCUUUGUCAAAUGAUAGCAAAUAAAACCAAAAUCGGAAACAGGGCCAAUGAUAUGAGAUGGUUUUGUCCCACAAGCAUUAUAUUCAUUGAUAAUGUAUCUCCACAUCAUGAAGAAGCACUAACCUUUGAUAUUCAGAGCCAGCUGCAUGAAGUGUCUCACACCAGCAGCUUGUGAGCUGAGGCAGUUAGGACCAAACCUCAGAGUCAACUGGGUCCUCUGACAGAUCACAAGACGAACCCAGGAUCUUCAGUAGACCUGGUUACCAUUCUCUUAUAGAGGUUUGAAGCUUAGAGCUCUUCCAGGGUAGACAUUUUCUCUUGUGCUACCAAGGCCAUCUGGGGCCUAUCUUUAAGAAGCAACAACUUUAAACCCUGAGCCAUACUCUGUCCUCACCAGCGGCUCCCAUGUUUCUCUGUGUUGGGUAGUUAAGCACCUAGUCCUUGCUUUCUAUCUCUCCCCUAAGCUACCUCUGCGGGUCCAUAGAAGACUUGGUAGUAUAUUGAGAAUGGCUGCAUGUGAAAGGGGACAAACUUGGAUUUGCCAGAGCCUAGGAACAGACUCUUGAAUCUGAAAGAGCCAUACCUGGUUUAAGGUCUUAUGGAAUGAAGAUGCAGUACUGGGAAGUUUGGGAAGUCAACAGGCCAUUGUGAAGCAGUUGGUCUUUGAAGUGUUAUGAGCAUGCUGGUUCUUUGAUGAAAAAUAUACACUUCUCUCAUACACUCAAGAGGUGAUAAAAGGCAAUAACUUAUUAAUAGCCAUGUAUCCAACUUCUUCACUAAGUGAGGUACUCUAUGGAUUACCUUUGUCAGAUCAUUAGUUGCUCUUUCAGCACUAAAACUUUUAAAUCAUUUUUAAGAAACUUUUUAGAUUGUAUUAGAAUUUUACCUUGCUUCUUAAACAGAAAUUAUAUUUUGAAUAAUUUUAAUCUUUUAAUAAUGACUUGGGUCAUCAGUCAAUACCCCAGUACUAAAACCAUGCAAAUUAUUCAUUAUCCCGGAAAACACUACUCUUAGGUAGAACAGUCAUUCUGGACCAAAAUAUAUUAGCCUAGUAAUGCUUAAACCUGUUUUGGUAGUAGACCUUAGAGAAUGCUCAUGAAAUACUUAUGUAAUUAACUUGUUUACAUUUGAAUUAAGCAGUUUACUAAUGAAAAUGUAUGUGUGCAAGUCAAUUUUUUAAAAAUUUAGGGAAAAAAUUAUGUGUGUGUGGUGCUGGGGAUUGAAUCCAGGGCCUCAUGCAUGCUAGGCAAGCGUUCUGCCACCGAGCUAUACCCCAGCCCAAGAAAAAAAUUUAAUACAGGAAAUCCUAUCCAUUAGCUUCUUUUUCUGGAUAAAAACAAAAACGCAAUCUCAUAUUAUUUUAGCUUUUAAACACCUUGCUCUGUUGAUCCAUAGGGUUAGGAUUUGGAAAUACUGUCAUAAGAAAUUGAGCAGAUCAGUACUGUUUGUAUAGAAAUGGCCUCAUUGUAUAAAAAAAGGAAAUGUUAUGUGUUGUUUUUUUAGCUUGACUAUGGGCUCUUCUAGAUCAAGGACUAUGUCAUAUUCAGCUUUGCAUCCCUGGCACAGUGCAUGAGACAUCAUAAGUACUUAAUUAAUGUGGUUGGAUGGAUGGUGAUUAGUGUUAUUUAUGGAUUAGAAAAGCAUGUUUCUAUUUAAGCUGUAAAGUAUUAUUGAAUAUUUACUGUAAAUAUAUGUUAACAUAAAAAAAGAAAAAACCUUGGAAGCUCUUUAUGUCCCUGGCAUAUUAUCAUCUUUCUGGAAAGAAUUCAUUUUGGUUUCUGUACAGUGAUUAGAAAAAAUUAAUUAUUUUGAGGAUUUGAAGAAACUGUUCUGUGUUGUCACUUUGUUCAACAGUUAAACUUUUAUUCUCAGUGUUCCUACUCUGCGUUGUUUACAUUUUUGAAAGUUUUUUUAAUCACCUACACUCUGUAGAGAAUGUAUAUAUUUUUUUCAGCGUCUCAGUUUGAAAAGACAUGCAGUUAAACCUGAUCUUUUAAUAAUAUAAUAACUCUGCUAGGUCUUUGUCUGUUCCAAUAGCAAAUUGUAAAUGUGUGCUUCAUGGUUAUGUGAUUUUCAGCCAUCAUUUUGUCCUAUGGUAUUUAUUGAAUGUCCACAUACUGAUGGUACAUAGGUAUUUUUUUUUCUGUAGAUCUUUUGACCGUGCUGUAAUUCAUUCUUAAGCUUUAACUUGAAGAUAUCAUAAUUGCCAGUGUUUGGUGUUUAGCAAUAAAAAAAAAAAUAAAUGUUUAUCAGCAUUUUAUGUUUAUCAUAA